CACACAGAUAGUACGCACACUAGCGCCCGUUGCGGCGAAUACUGAACGCGUUGCUGUCACUCUUGUCAAUAUAACAAAUUAUGACAUUGUGAUAUUUGUGUUUAUCUAUCAUUAUCCCACGGAAAUACAUUUAAAUAUUCAAGAUGAAUAUCAAAGCAGCGCUGGCCGUGACUAUGGUCUUCGUUGGAUGUUGUUCCAACGUAGUCUUUCUAGAAAUGGUUGUGAAAGAAGACCCCGGAGCGGGGAACCUCGCCACGUUCCUUCAGUUCCUCUUAAUAGCGUCCAUAGGAUUUUGCACCGUCGGGAAAUUUGGGACUGCUAAAAGGAAUAUUCCCUUCAAACAAUACCUCAUACUAGUCGGAUUCUUCUGGACGAGCAGUGUUGCCAACAACUACGCCUUCGACUUCAACAUAUCCAUGCCUUUACACAUGAUCUUCAGAGCUGGAUCGUUAAUGGCCAAUAUGGCCAUGGGCGUGUGGAUUCUUAAAAAGAAAUAUUCAUUUUUGAAAUAUUUAUCAAUUUUUAUGAUCUCUGCUGGCAUAGCUAUUUGCACUAUCCAAUCAAGUGGCGAUGUGAAAGCGCCAAGAGAGACUCAUGAAGAUGCAGCGGAAGAAGAAAGGUUGAAAUUCAUUGAUUGGCUGUGGUGGUGUCUGGGAAUAGCCAUUCUGACAUUUGCUUUAUUCGUAUCAGCCAGGAUGGGCAUUUUUCAAGAAUCUUUGUACUCAAGACACGGAAAACAUCCUUGGGAAGCGUUAUAUUAUACACAUUUGUUACCACUUGUGUUUUGGCUUCCCACGGCAUCGAAUUUGAUUGGUCAUGUCAAGUUGGCGACGGAAACCCCAUUGGUUGAAUUUCUAGGCUUCAUUUUGCCAAGACAAGUGUUGUGGCUCAUAUUGUAUGUGUUGACACAAGGACUGUGCAUUAGUGCUGUGUACGUUUUGACAACUGAAAGUGCGUCUUUAACUGUCACUUUGACGGUGACGUUGAGAAAGUUUGUGUCAUUAUUAUUUUCUAUCGUGUAUUUUAAAAAUCCAUUUACUGUGGGCCAUUGGGUCGGCACGUUCUUAGUAUUCUUAGGCACAAUGAUAUUCACUGAAUUGCUACAGAAGUGUGUAGCAUUAUUCUUACCGAAAGAAGAAGAAAAGAAGAAGAAGAAAUAAAGCGUAUUUCGGACUAGCUCAAUUUUUAAUAAUGUAUACGUUAUAUGAACUUAUUUCUAAGCGAAUGAUUGUUAUAUUUUGUUACAUUAUGUAAAAUGAAAUCAAUGGAAUUAUUUUGGAAUUAUUUUGAAUUAC